AUGGCUCCACGACGGCAAGGCGCCACCGGCGAGCGCGAGGCGGAUGAAGCUCGUGGGUGCUGCGUUCCCGGAGAAUGCCUUCGACCCCGUGAGCCGGUACGCAUUGAAGAUGCUGUUCGCCUGCUAUGCAACAACGACACGUGCGCUGCCGGCCGGUACAUGCACCGAGAGUGCUUCGAGCAAUGGGAAGCCGGUGUGCUAGCUUAUCUAAAGUCUAGCGGUAGGGCCCGUUCGUGGUCCGAACGACAACGAUAUCAAAAUUUGUGGACCAAGAAAGGCUAUGAUUUGGCAUUCAAGGCAUGCGGGUGCCGUUGUGGCCGAGGGCAUCUAAAAAAAGAUCUAGACUGGGCACCUCCAGGAGCAGCUAUUCGAGCCGAAGAAGAAAAGAAGCGACGAAGACGCACGCGAUCAGGACGUACACCAGCGGCAUCAGACGGCCGAUCGCGUGCCUUCAGCCUCUCUAGCUCGGGCUCAUGCUCACCACCGUCGGCUCCCUCAGAACCAUCCGCUAGCCCCACACAUGCUCCUUCGCAUGCCGUUAUUCCCGCGAAGAAGCUUUCUAAACCAGAAAUUGUCUCUGACAGGAUCAGAGCCGGCGCCGGUGCGAAUGGCAUAUUUUCUAGAAGAAUGGACUUCUCCACAUUCAAUCUUCUUCCAAAGCACAAAGUGAAUUCAUAUCAAAUUAAGAUCGAAGACGAGGGCAACCACGGUAACGAUGACACGCGGCUGUUUAUUUUAUCGACGUUGGCGGGACAGCACAAGCCACGCGUAUCUUGCGCUCUGUGCAAGGAGACGCUGCAUGUCUUCGAUCGCUACCCACUCGUGGAUGGCACUUUCUUUUUAAGCCCUCGUCAGCACACUGGAAGCGCUGUUGAGGUGAAAGUUGAAGGCCGUACGCAGUAUCUCACGUGCGUGUGCAUGGGCUGUCUAGAGCGUUACGACCCUGAUCGCACCAUAAGAUGUCGGUUUUGCGGGCAGAAGUGGGACGGCUCAUCGCUCGUACUCGGGACCAUGUACUCUUAUGACAUCUUCAUGGCCACUCCGUGCUGUGCUGAAAGACUGAAGUGCAACAACUGCUUCAAGCCUCUCCUGCACCCGCAACAACGGCUGAACUACUCCGACUACUCGCAUCCAGUGACGUGCCCGCACUGCCGCGUGGCCGACACACAUUUCGUCAAACCGCUCAGCUAUUGCUUCACCAAACGGGUCUUUCCGCUGUUCCAGCAGUGGCCAUAA